GUGUAAAGUGCCCCCGCUAACCUUGUUUUUGUCUUUCUAAUAAUAAUCUAAUUAUGCGUGUGGACAAAAAAUAAAUAGCGCUAUAUAAAUUUUAGAGAGAGAAAAUGCAAUUAAAAAAUUACUCAAAAUCAUACAAAACGAAUACUUUAUCCAGCCAGUAAAUUUCUAGAGAGAAAUAUAUACAAAAAAACAGCUCAAUUUCCUCUACGUACAUACACUCGCGUUGUACUCGCGUAUACUUUGAACUGGAUAUUGGUGGAUUUGAAGCGUCGGAGCAGCAGAAGUUGUUGAAUUAUUAACCGGAAGAAGAAAAAGAAGCUUUGAUUUUGCUUUAUUUUUAAUUUUUUUUUCAAUUGUUUUUUCUAGCUUGGGAAAAUCCUGGAGGUGCCCUCACCGGGUUAGCUCCGAUCUGACUCAGUGAGUCGUGGUUCGAAUUUUUCACUUCGUGUUGAUGAUCUGAGGAGCCAGGGGUCGAGUUCAAACUCGGAUAUGGCAUCAUCUGUCAACAUUAUUGUUGGUUCUCAUGUAUGGGUUGAGGAUCCAGUUUUGGCAUGGAUAGAUGGCCAAAUAACCCGGAUAAAUGGCCAAGAUGUUCACGUUCAAACUACAAAUGGAAAAAAGGUCGUCACUAAUAUCUCAAAAGUGUUUCCAAAGGAUACUGAAGCGCCACCUGGAGGUGUAGAUGAUAUGACUAAGCUUUCAUAUUUGCAUGAACCUGGAGUUAUGCAAAACCUGGCUGCUAGAUAUGAACUUAACGAAAUAUAUACAUAUACUGGGAAUAUUCUGAUUGCAAUCAAUCCUUUUCAAAGAUUACCUCAUCUAUAUGAUACUCACAUGAUGGAGCAAUACAAAGGAGCAGCACUUGGAGAGCUUAGUCCUCAUGUUUUUGCAAUUGCAGAUGUUGCUUACAGGGCAAUGAUCAACGAAGGAAAGAGCAACUCCAUCUUAGUUAGCGGUGAAAGUGGUGCGGGUAAAACCGAAACAACAAAAAUGCUUAUGAGAUAUCUUGCACACCUCGGUGGUCGGUCUGGAGUAGAAGGACGGACUGUAGAACAACAAGUUUUAGAAUCAAAUCCAGUACUUGAAGCAUUCGGAAAUGCCAAAACAGUCAGAAAUAACAACUCUAGUCGUUUUGGUAAAUUUGUUGAAAUCCAAUUUGACAAAAGUGGGAGGAUAUCUGGAGCAGCGGUUAGAACUUACUUGCUGGAGAGAUCUCGUGUUUGCCAGAUUUCAGAUCCUGAAAGAAACUACCAUUGCUUCUAUCUUCUAUGUGCAGCGCCUCCUGAAGAAAGAGAGAAGUAUAAACUGGGAAGUCCAGAAUCAUAUCAUUAUCUCAACCAGUCUAAGUGUUACAAACUGGAUGGAGUAAGUGAUGCUGAAGAAUACCUUGCAACCAGAAGGGCUAUGGAUAUUGUUGGAAUCAGUGAGGAAGAGCAGGAUGCAAUAUUUAAGGUUGUUGCCGCAAUUCUUCAUCUUGGCAAUAUUGAAUUUGCCAAAGGGGAGGAGAUUGAUUCCUCUGUGAUUAAGGAUGAGAAGUCAAGAUUUCAUCUGAAUACGACUGCCGAGUUACUCAAGUGUGAUCCCAAGAAUUUAGAAGACGCACUAAUUAAGCGUGUGAUGGUCACACCUGAGGAAAUUAUCACAAGGACUCUUGAUCCAGAAGCUGCCUUAGGUAGCAAGGAUGCUUUUGCAAAGACUAUAUAUUCUCGCUUGUUUGACUGGAUCGUGGAAAAAAUAAAUAUUUCAAUUGGGCAGGAUCCUAACUCAAAAGCAAUAAUUGGAGUUCUUGAUAUAUAUGGGUUUGAAAGUUUUAAGCACAACAGUUUUGAGCAGUUCUGUAUCAAUUUCACCAAUGAAAAACUGCAGCAGCACUUUAAUCAGCAUGUAUUUAAGAUGGAACAAGAAGACUAUGAGAAAGAACAGAUAAAUUGGAGCUACAUAGAGUUUGUUGAUAACCAAGACGUUCUUGAUUUAAUUGAAAAGAAACCAGGAGGAAUAAUUGCACUACUAGAUGAAGCUUGUAUGUUUCCUAAAUCUACUCACGAGACAUUCGCUCAGAAAAUGUAUCAGACCUUUGCCAAAAAUAAGCGCUUCAUCAAACCAAAACUCUCACGGACCAAUUUUACAAUAUCUCACUAUGCAGGGGAGGUGACAUAUAUGGCAGACCUGUUCCUGGAUAAGAACAAAGAUUAUGUGGUGGCAGAACAUCAAGACUUAUUAACAGCUUCAGAGUGCCCUUUUGUAGCUGGUUUAUUUCCUGCUCUUCCAGAAGAAUCAUCAAAGUCCUCCAAAUUUUCUUCAAUAGGUUCACGUUUUAAGCUACAACUACAAUCUUUAAUGGAGACAUUAAGCUCAACAGAACCUCAUUACAUCAGAUGUGUAAAACCGAACAGUGUUCUCAAGCCUUUCAUUUUUGAGAAUGUUAACAUAAUUCAGCAACUGCGAUGCGGUGGUGUUCUUGAAGCCAUUAGAAUCAGUUGUGCUGGAUAUCCCACCAGACGUACAUUUUAUGAAUUUCUUCUUCGGUUUGGUGUUCUGGCUCCUGAAGUUUUGGAAAGGAACUCUGAUGACAAGGCUGCAUGUCAGAUGAUUUUAGAAAAAAUGGGAUUAAAGGGCUAUCAGUUAGGUAAGACGAAGGUCUUCCUACGUGCUGGUCAAAUGGCCGAGCUUGAUGCUAGGAGAACAGAGGUUCUUGGGAAUGCAGCCAGAACACUUCAAAGGCAAAUUCGUACUUAUAUUGCUAGGAAAGAUUUUGUUUUGUUGCGAAAAGCUGCUAUCCAAUUGCAAUCGUGUUGGCGAGCUAUAUCGGCUUGCAAUCUUUAUGAGCAAUUGCGACGUGAAGCUGCCGCUCUAAAGAUUCAGAAGAACUUCAGAUAUCACACUGCCCGGUUGUCCUACUUAACAUUGCAGAAUUCUGCUAUCAUAGUGCAGGCUGGCAUGAGAGCAAUGACUGCUCGCAGUGAAUUCAGAUUCAGGAAACAGACAAAGGCUGCAAUCAAAAUUCAGGCUCACGUACGUUGUCACAGAGAGUACUCUUAUUACAGACGUCUCCAAAAGGCUGCUAUUGUUACCCAAUGUGGUUGGAGACGACGUGUUGCUAGGAAAGAGCUUCGAAAUCUCAAAAUGGCUGCAAGGGAAACAGGAGCCCUAAAAGAAGCUAAAGACAAGUUAGAAAAGAAAGUAGAGGAGCUUACAUGGCGCUUACAGUUGGAGAGGCGAUUAAGGACUGAGUUGGAAGACACAAAAGCACAAGAAAUCACAAAGUUACAGGAGGCAUUGCGCUCGAUGCAAAUAAAAGUGGAAGAUGCAAAUGCUAGAGUGAUACAAGAACGAGAAGCAUCACGCAAAGCAAUUGAAGAAGCUCCUCCAGUAAUUAAAGAAACCCCAGUUGUGAUUCAAGACACGGCGAAGAUUGAUGCAUUAACAGCGGAGGUAGAAAGUCUGAAGGCGUCGCUGCUGUCAGAAAAACAGGCUGCAGAAGAGGCUAAAAAGGCCAGUGCAGAUGCUGAGACCAGAAAUAUGGUUUUGGCUAAAAAAUUACAGGAAGCUGAAGGAAAAGUGGAUCAACUUCAAGAUUCUGCACAGAGGCUUGAAGAGAAGCUAUCAAACCUUGAAUCAGAGAAUCAGGUACUUCGUCAACAAGCUCUGACUAUGUCACCUACAGGCAAAUCAAUAUCUGCCCGACCCAGGACAACUAUUAUUCAGAGAACUCCGGAGAACGGAAAUAUUCUCAAUGGAGAAACGAAGCCAGCACAUGAUAAGGCCCUCGUCGUGUCAAAUCCGAAGGAGCCUGAAUCUGAGGAGAAACCCCAGAAAUCUCUUAAUGAAAAGCAACAAGAAAACCAGGACCUCCUGAUAAAGUGCAUUUCAGAAGAUUUGGGAUUUUCUGGUGGCAAACCUGUUGCUGCUUGUGUCAUUUACAAAAGCCUUCUUCACUGGAGGUCAUUUGAGGUUGAGAGGACUAGUGUGUUCGACCGCAUAAUUCAAACUAUAGCUUCAUCCAUAGAGGCUCCUGAAAAUAAUGAUGUAUUAGCGUAUUGGUUAUGUAAUGCAUCCACACUGUUGAUGCUGCUUCAACAUACACUCAAAGCAAAUGGUGCAGCUAGCUUGACCCCCCAACGACGAAGGUCAUCAUCAGCUUCUCUUUUUGGGAGGAUGUCACAAGGAUUGAGGGCAUCUCCACAGAGUGCUGGACUUUCAUUUCUCAACAAUAGGAUGCUUGGUCGAGUAGAUGACUUGCGGCAAGUUGAAGCCAAAUAUCCUGCUUUGUUGUUCAAGCAGCAGCUUACUGCUUUCCUGGAGAAGAUAUACGGAAUGAUCAGAGACAAUCUAAAGAAAGAGAUUUCGCCUUUGCUUGGUUUAUGUAUCCAGGCUCCCAGAACAUCUCGUGCAAGUUUAGUAAAAGGUCGUCAACAAGCUAGUGCUGUUGCUCAACAAACACUUAUUGCUCAUUGGCAGAGCAUUGUAAAAAGCCUAAACAACUACUUGAACAUGAUGAAAGCAAACUAUGUUCCCGCUUUCCUAGUAAGAAAGGUUUUCAGUCAAAUAUUCUCAUUUGUCAACGUCCAAUUAUUCAACAGUCUUCUUUUACGGCGUGAAUGCUGCUCAUUCAGCAACGGGGAAUAUGUGAAAUCUGGGUUGGCUGAAUUAGAGCAAUGGUGUUGCUAUGCAACUGAGGAAUAUGUUGGCUCAUCUUGGGAUGAAUUGAAGCAUAUCAGACAGGCAGUUGGAUUCUUGGUCAUACAUCAAAAGCCCAAGAAGAAUUUGAAUGAAAUCAGUAACGAACUUUGUCCUGUGCUAAGCAUUCAACAACUGUAUAGGAUUAGCACCAUGUACUGGGAUGACAAAUACGGUACUCAUAGUGUUUCUUCAGAUGUCAUUUCAAGUAUGAGAGUUUUGAUGACAGAGGACUCGAACAAUUCCGUGAGCAGUUCAUUUCUGUUAGACGAUGACUCGAGCAUCCCCUUCUCUGUGGAUGACCUCUCCAAAUCCAUGCAACAAGUGGAUGUUGCUGAUGUGGAGCCUCCCCCUUUAAUCCGUGAAAAUUCUGGGUUCGUAUUCUUGCACCAAAGGUCAGAUUAAUGAUGGCUGUGGAGUGUUGAAUUCGAAAGUGAAGCUGCAUCCAGAUAUUUGUGCAUACAUUUCGGGUGUUGUAUAUGUUUCUUCGCAUUUUGCUCGGGCAACGUUAUUUACUUGUUGCCUGAGCGAAUUCCAAUUUCUCCUCUCGUGCCUUAUCAACACGAGAGGCAAUUGCCAAAAGACCAUACGGCUACUAGGUUUGUUUGUAAUGAUAUGCAAAUUACAGGCAUAUAGCAUUUGGUGAAAUAUGUUUGUUUCCCUUGUUUUUGUUUGGGGUGUAAAAGUGAUAGAAGUUGGCAGAUGUUAGGCGUUUUCGUUUUUGUUUCUGUUGUUUGCAGUGUCUGUAAGGUGUUGUAUUUCUUUUGUUGCAUAUUGGUGUGUCAAAACAACACAAGACACUGUAUAUAUGAUGGAUUUAUUCAAUUCAUUUUCUCUAGUCUUAGCAAAGAAUAUUAUUUUGACU